GAUGUCCUGACCUGUUUUUGCCUUGUUUAGCUCCACAUUUAACCGCUUUCCAUCGAAAAAUUUUUUAGCAUAUAGCAAGCUAAACGCUAGCUAACGUUGAGUAGUGUUUCCGUCUCGUAGCAAGUGAGGGUUUAAUAUUACGACUAAACAUUUUAUUGUUAAAACUGGACCAUUUUUGCAAUGAGUUCUCAACGGGAGGAAGGUGGUCGUUCACCUCGACUGGAGGCUGUGAUUCAGAAGUUGGAGGAGUCUCUGCUUCACUCUGAUGGCAGCUCAGGAGAGAGAAGUCUGACACUCCAAGGUGAUGGACAAGCGUCUGGAGCCACGCCUACGCCUGUCUCUACUCGCAUCCGCCAGAUAAUCACUCGCAACUUGGCUGAGCCGGCAGCUGGUGAGAGCUCUGAGGUCACAGAGCUGGAGGAGAGCAGGGCCCUGAGGGAGCAGCUGUCUCCCAGCCAGAUGCACCGUGACCAGCCGGUGGUCAAACAGACCAGCCUCACAGACAGGCUCGACCAGAUGCUGAUGUUGCACUCAACAGUGGACUCAGACCAGGACAGUGUAUCACCAGGAUCGUUGCAACUACAGAACAAGGAAAGAGCCUAUAGACAAAAACUGCAGGUCUACCAGGAAGCCCAACAGAAACAAGCACAGCUGGUUCAGAAGCUGCAGACCAAGGUUCUCCAGUACAAGAGGAGGUGUGGGGAACUAGAAGAGCAGGUGCUGGAGAAGACUUCAGAGUCUGAAAAGAUGAGAUUGUUGCUGCAGGGCCACCUGGACUCAGCCGAGCGUCAGCAACGAGCAGAGCAGGAGCUCAGCGUGACCAUCCACAAUAAGUCUGCUCAGCUGGAGGAGGAGCAGAGGAGGUGCGCCAGCCUCAGCCAGGUGAACUCUAUGCUGCGGGAACAACUGGACCAAGCAGGUACUGUCAACAAGGAGCUAACAGAGAGUUUAUGGAAGGCCCGUGAAGAUGUUGAGUUGUGCGAUACCCGUCUGCGCAGAGAGCAAGAGACUUGCGCCUCGCGGUUGAGUCGUGAACAGGCUCGUGUCAGAGCACUGUGGCGCCAGGCUGCCUCCCUGCGGAGCACUUUCACCCAGCUAAGGACUUUCACUGACAGAACUCUGUCUGAUAUGCGUGGCGAGUGUGUCGCUGCCAGCCGCCAGCUACAUGUUGCCUGUAUGAACUUAGAGGCCAGAGUAACACAAGAGAGCACAUGUAGUGGUGUGGAGAUGUCAGCUCUGGAGAGGCAGCUGAAGGACAAGCUGAAAGAGGCUAUGCAGCUUCAGGGUCACUGGGAUGCAGAGAAAGUUGAACUUAACUCCAGAAUUCUAGAACUGACUGACACACUGAAGCACCUCCGGAGCCAGAGCAGUGAGAAGGAUGCAAGCCUCAACACCAUGCAGAUCAGUCUGGACAGGAUGGAAACAAGGAGGGCAGAGGAUAAAGCAGAGAUGGAAAUACUCCACACAGAGAUCCAAGCUCUCCAAAAGGUUUUGUUUCAUGUUCACCAGUUGGUUAGCAGUGAGAAUGAGAGCUGUGCCUCUGAAAGUCUGUUGUCCUCACCUCUCCAUGGCCAAUCCCCUCUAAAGAACACAACCUUGUUGGCUAUACAGAAUACGCUCUCCAAACAUCAGAAACAGACACAGGACCUACGUGCAUGUUUAGAGGCUACGCUGGAGCAAGUGGGCACACUGCGCGAGCACCUACAGGAGAAGGACGCUGAGAGGAGAAAAUUGGAGCAUAAGGUCCGUGAAGUGAGGAGGGAAAGUGAGGAGGCUAAAAAAGCUUUGGAGGAAAGCCUGAGAGACAGCAGCAGAUAUCGCUGCUCACUGGAGCUCAUGUCCAGUGAGAAAGAGAACCUGGAGAAGCUGAUGUCAGAGGUGCAGCAGGAUGUGAACUCCCAGCGUGCUGAGCUGGAGGUACUGCGGAGCUCAUCACUGGAACUCCAGAGACAGCGAGACCUCUUGAAACAGCAGAGGGAAGAUCUGGAGAUGCAGCUGGCACGCCAUCGCACAGAGGCCCAAAGAGGUGAGAGAAGUCUGCAGGAGCUUGAAGGGAAGCACUCAGAGCUACGCAGGGAACUUGUGACAGUGAAGGAGGCUCUAAAUCAGGUCACCCUGCAGAAGGAGGUGUUGGAGAAUGAAAAGGCCAGCCUCGCUCAGGCUCUCUCCAAGAUGGAGUCUCAGAGUGCUGCACAGGAGUUUACCGUCACCAAACUGCAGAAUCAGGAGGCUGCCCUAAAAGAUUCUCUCGCCAAAAUGGCUGCCCUUAGUGAAGGCUUAGCAAAAGACAAGGUGGAGCUUAAUCGUAUCCUGCUGCAGAUAGAAGGGGAGAAGACAGAGUUUGGUGAACGUAGACGGGAAGCUGAAGCUGAGCGGGCAGCAGCAAGACAGGAGGCAGCACGGGCACAAAAGGACAUGAUGAACCUGCUUGCAGAGAAACAAACUCUAGAGAUUUCAUACAACCACUUACAGGAUCUCUGCCAGAAGCUGGAAGCAGAGCUGAGCGUCCUGCAGAAGGAGAAAGUUCAGGCUCUGGAGAAGCACUGUCAGGUCACAGGGCAGAUGCAGGCUGUGACAGAGGAACUGUGUGCGUGCAGGAAGGAGCUUGAGACUCAGACCGCAGCCAUAAAGAGAGCUACCCAUGACAGGGAGGAGCUGGCCAAGGACAAGGCAGCUCUGGAUGUCAAGCUAAACUCUGCUGACCGAAAGGCUUGUGGUCUCACGCAGGAGCUGGUUGCAAUGAGAGCAGAGAAGGAGUCCCUAGAGACGGCUCUGUUUGAGAGCCAGGAGUUUGCCUCGUCUCUGGAGGCCGAGUGCACCAGGUUGGAGGGGGAGAGGCGUGGAUUGCUCCAAGCUAACGAGGCCUUGACGCGUAAUGCUGCUCAGAUGCGUGUGGAUACUGAGCAGCAGUUUGCAAAAACCACACAAGAGCGGAGUAAGUUGGAGGAGAAGCUGGCUCAGGUGGAGAGGAAUGCCCUGUUGUCCCUGAAUAACAGAGAGCAAAUUCACAAAGAGCAGCUCGAAGCUGAACGCCUCCAAAAGGAGCAGCAAUGUGCAGAGCUGACGGUUCAGCGGGAGCAGGCCGAGGAGCAGCUGCGCAGACAGUGUGAGGAGCUGCGUGUGCAGAGCCAGAAGGAGCUGCAGCAGGUGCAGGAGGAACUAAGCAGGGUGCAGCAGGACCUCAGCCAAAGCCUCCUGCAGGCUGAGACUGAAAAGCAGCAGGCUUUGUCUCAGAAGGAGGCAGAGAAGAUUGCCCUCACAGAGAAGCUAGCAUCUCUGCGACAAGAAGUGGCCACAGCUGACAUGGAGAUGGAACGCAUGCAACGGGAGGCACUUAGCAAACAGGAGCAGGACAAGAAUGCAAUGGCUGUCCUUCAGUCUGAGCUGCAGGACUUACGAAGUCAGUUUGAAGAGUCUCUGAAUUCCCAUCAGAGUACCAAAAACAGUCUAACUGAGCAGGUCAGAGAGUUGAACCAACAGAGAGAGCAUGCUCAGCAGGAGUUAGAAGGCCUUCGUCAGCAGCUGCAGGAGGCAGAGGAUGGACUCGUUAAAGGGCAAAAAGAGCUGAUUGAGGCCCACAGAGAGCUUCAGGGCUGUGCGCAGGAGCAAGACAAGCUACGAAAAGAAACACUGGACCUGAAGAGGCUCCUGGGUGACGAGACCAGAGAGAAGGAGGCCAUCCAAGUUUCUAACCAGGAGCUCAGAGCUUUCAUCAAGAGAGCAGAGAGUGAAAACAGCAGUUUAAGACGAGCUGUGGAGGAGAAGGAGCAGAAAGUGUCCGUCUUAGAGGAAUGUAGGAGCUCAAUGCACCAAGAAUCAAUGUCUCUACGGAGCAGUAUGAGAGAGCUGGAAAAAUGUCGUCUGCAGGCACGCAGAGAGCUGCAGGAGCUGCGUAGACAGGUAAAGGUCCGUGAAGGCGAGAACAACCGGCAGAAACAGGAACUUCAGGAGCUGCAGGCCCGGGUAUGUCAGGAGGAGCAGAAGGAGGAGGAGGCACGUCGCGAAGCAUUUACUCUCAAGCAGAGAGUGUUGGAGUGUGAGGCUGGCAGGGAAGCAGCGCUAAAUGAGGUUGCAGGUUUGCACUGUCGUGUGAUGGACCUGGAAAAAGCGGAUCAGCAAAACCAAGAGCUGCUGAAAUCAAAGGAAGCUUUUCUACACCAGAGUGACCAAAGGCUCAGAGAAACCACUGCCCAGCUGGAGGCAGCGCUAGAGGACGCCAGGACUCAGGUCAAGGAACUCUCUGUGCAGGUUGGCUUUACUGAAAACAAGGCCCAGGACCUGGAAGAGCAGUUGAGUCUAAGCGAUGCCAAAUGCAAGGACAUGGUGCUCAAGCUGGCAGGGUUGUAUUCAGCUUUGCGCCACACUGUUGGCAUCAACCACACAAGGCUUUCAAACAAACCUGGGUCACGAAGACGGUCUGCCUCACCCUGGAGGGGCCACUUGCAUGUGAAAGGGGGAGAGACACACGGAUCUCUGUCGUUCAUAACUGGUGAAGACGAAGAGCUGAAUGUGGAAUCAGUGCAAACAGCCCUACAGGAAUUCCAGCAGGAACUCAGGGAUGCACAAAGAGAAAGGGAUGAAGCCAAGGCUCAGAUAGUAAGUCUAAGUCAACAUGUGACAGAACUCAAAAGCAGCCAUCAUAAGUCAGCCACCCAGCUGCUACAACUACAGAGGUCCUUGACACAAUCAGAGGAGGGGAAACAAGAGAUGGCAGAACGACUGCAUAUGGCGCACACUUCCCUUUCCCUACAGGAAGAAGUUGCACAUCAUGCAGAGAGGGACAAGAGAAGCCUUGAGGAGGAGAUAACUCAACUCAGGAUGAGUCUUCAAGCUGCCCAGACUGAGUCCAGGGCACUGCAGGACAAAUUGGAGCUCUUGCAAGGGCUCGAAUCUUGUGCAAAUGCUGAACAGCGGAAACUGAAAGAGUCUCUGGAAGCAGCAGAAAGCAGGGUGAGCCGUCUGGAGCUUUCCCAGCGCACCCUAGAGGGUGAACUACAGAGGGCCCAGCUGAGGGCCACAGAGCUGGAUGCAGAGGCAGCAGCAUUACAGGAGAGACUGACAGACCUGAGGAGGAAGCUGCGUGAGAGUGAAGACCGGUGUGCAGCGCUGAGGGUCAGUGAGGAGAGACUGAGCACGUCGCUGGCUCGAGCUGAACAGCAUGAGAGUCAGCUGAGAGAGCAAAUUCACAAACUGUCAAACACCCUCAGUGACAACGUGACCAACCACGGAGCUCUGCAGGAGCAGAUAACUCAGCUGCAGAGAGCUCUGACUGCCAGUGAGCAGGACCGAAGGCUGCUGCAGGAGCGUUUGGAUAAAACACGAGAUGCCCUUUCAGAGAGUAAGAAGCUGAGCCACAAACUAACAGAGCAAACCCAGAACCUGCAACGAGCACAGGAGGACUCUGAGCUAAAAAUUUCUGAGCUAGAGAAACUUAACAGAGCAGUGAAGGAGAGCCUGAAGCAACAGCAGGAAGCUGAAUUGCAAACCGCCCAGCAGCUGCAGAGAGAAAAGGAGGAACUCCAAGAAAAGUUCACCAAUCUCCAGAGCUCUUUGCAAAGACUACAGAGUGAGAGAGCAGAGGUGGAAAAGGUGCUGAUACGCCUCAGUAAAGACAAGUCAGCACUUAGAAAGGCACUGGAGAAGGUGGAGAUGGAGAGGUUGAGAAAGGAGGAGGAGGCAGCAUCUGUGGCCAGAGAGCGAGAGCAGUUGGAGCAAACAGUCGGCAGCCUGAAUCAGGAGCUGGCUGAAAAGCAGGACGUGGUGCAAGCUCUGCAGGUUCAGAUCUCCCAGUUGGAGCACUCUCAUGCGCAGCGCCUCCUGGAGGUCACAGCCCGUCAUCACGAGGAGUUGGAUCUGGAGACAGAUCGUCUGAGAGGCAGUCAGCUCCAAGCAGAGCAAGCUUUAGAAACCAGGGAAAAGGCCCAUCGCCAGAGGGUUAAAUGUCUGGAGGAACAGGUGCUGACUCUAAAAGAGCAGCUCGAUCAGGAGACAAGAAGACGACAGGCUUAUUUCAAUCAGAUGCUACAACCUGGUGUGUAGGCAGAGAUCCUGCUGUGAAGUAUGUAGCACCUCUGCCUUCUUCAUUCGCUGUUCCUCUGGCAGUUUCCCAACGAGAUUUUUGUUUUUGAGCCACUUCCACAUUUUGGACGUGCACAAAAACACUCCCAAGGCGUUUGCUCCCACCCUGCACACGUGCACACAGGAUUACAUUAAUCUGCAGGAAAACUCAACAACAACAAACAAUGAGUGUUUUGUUUAUAAGUGAACUGGAUGUGCCAAAUUGUUUUAAGGAUUUCCUCUGGCGUGCUGCAGUUGUCGUUCCUAAGACUGCUUACUCUGUCAUUUUUUUCUGGAAACAAUGUGAUGAAAGGCUUCCAUGAUUGGUGCUUUUUUUCCCUACCCUUCUAAUUGUUUGUAUACUCAUAAUGAUCAUGUACCAAUUUUAUAUGUCAUAAUCAUCAUUUGUAUAUCCUAAUGAGAAUAUAAUUAUAUAUAUAUAUAUUUAUAUAGAUCCAAAUAUUUAGAAUAAUGGUUUGCAGAUUUCAGUUGAUUUUCCUGGUGCUGUGGGAGUAUUAUUGUUUAAGCCUCAUGUAAACACUUUUAUUAUGAAUUAUGUUUGACUCAGUCAAUAUUAGUUGUGAUUGUUUUCAAUAAAACUGAGUGUAUCCAGGCAGAAUUACACAGUUUUGUUUUGCUAAAGAUUUUGAGAUGUGAUGAUCAGUGAGCAUCAUUCUGCUGGCCACACAGCCUUGUCAUGGAAAAAGUGUUUCCGUGAGCUCAGUGAAGGACAGCACUGCCCUUUCAUGGCAUGUGAGCUCUAGCAUUUGGUUCGCACCAUUAAAAGCCUUUGUGGAUUUAGUGUUGUGAGUGAGAGAAUGACCUUCGCUCUCUGUUGCCAGUGCUGUCUUCAGUGUUUUCUCUCAAAGAUAGCUGCAGACUCCAGGGUUUGUAGGGUUUCCUAUUCUUUUAACAUUCUAAAAUAUUGGGAUAAUAUGUGAUCUUCUUUUUGCAGAUUAGGAAGCACAACCGUGUUGCCUUUGCUAGAUGUCUUCAUUCACACUUGCAUCUCCAGUGUAUCUUAAAACCCAAUAACUCCUUUGCAUUCUUUCUUUCAUUUCAGCUCUUACAACCCUAGUUUCUGCACAGUUUAUUUUCACAACAGUACACAUGCAUGUCUUCUCACCGUGUAAGAUAGCAUGCCUUGGUAACUGUACAUAGCAGGAGUUUCACUGAAAGGGGAAAAUCUUGUCAGAGUUUCUUUAAAGCAGCCCUUUGAUUAUCAUAGAUCCGCCCAGUGGUUAUCCAGUUACCGGCCUCUUUUUAGC